UCCAGACCUAUGGUAGGCAACAAUAUUGGUGGAAGUGUUCCCAAGAACUUUGAUCAGUGUCAGGAACAUGUCAAGACGACCGAGCAGCCAGACCAGCUGCUCCCCAUAGCCAACGUUGGGAGGAUCAUGAAGCAAAUCCUGCCGUCAAACGCCAAAGUCUCAAAGGAAGCCAAGCAAACGAUGCAAGAGUGCGUCUCCGAGUUCAUCAGCUUCGUUACCGGAGAAGCUUCCGAUAAGUGCCGGAAAGAGAGAAGGAAGACGGUGACUGGUGACGACAUCUGCUGGGCCCUGGGAACUCUGGGAUUAGAUAACUACGCCGGCCCGCUGAGGAGGUAUCUGGACAGGUAUAGAGAUCAAGAAGGAGCUGAGCUCAGAGCUAAUGGUAGCAAUAAUAAUAUUGAAGACGAGCUGAAGCUGCUGGCUGACUUGAGCACUGCUCAAGAACAAAGGUUCAUCAUGAUCAUGAACCAAGAGGACAAUCCUCGUCAAAAUAUCCAAGAGACCUAACAAAGGAUCAUCCUCGUGUCCUCGUCAUUAAUCAACUGGUGAUAGGUGACCUGCUGACCCCAUACACUUCAA